AUGGAACAUUUUAUUCAAAAACUUGAUACUCUACUUGAUAAUGAUCCAUUUAGUGACAUUGCUUGGGGUUCAUUAUCACCGAAUGAUUGUGAAUUAUUAGAAAAAUAUCGUGUAAAAUAUAUUGAAGAACGAAAACGAAUACGAGAAGAAAGAAAAAUAAAAACUUUUCCAGAAAUAAUGGACGAUCUUCUUCAAGAAUUAUCAAACAAACCUGAUAUUUCAUCAUUCUAUCGUACACUGGAAGAUCCACUAUUAAUAACAAAUUCCAUCAAUAAAGAUGUUCAUACAAUCGAAUUGGACACUUCCGAUGAUGAGCAAGAUGAUCUCGAACAUUGUACAACAUGGAUAGAUCCAAGCAAAAGUAUUGGUAGAUCUGCUCCUAAUGAUGAACUUAAAACGUCAACUUAUGAAAUGUAUCCACUCUCAAAAUCUCCAUCCGUCCCGCAACCAUCACGAAAAACUCAACGUUACACAGAUCAAUCUCGUAGGAAUACUUAUACGCUCCAGAACUCAUCAUCAUCAUCAUCAAAUGACGAUGACGAUCAUCAUGAUGAAAAACAAUUAGUUAAUAGAAAACAGGAAUAUGUUCGUCUUAAUAGUCAAGGAUUUGAUCCGCCACAACAAGAGAAUCCUUUUAACAACAUAACUGAUGCGCGAUCAACAUUUUCUAUUCCACGAAAACGCUUUCGAUUUACGCGACAAGAAGCUCAAAAUAUCCUGUAUAGAAAACUGGGAGCUUUUAUCAAAGGACAUCUUACAAGACAAUUAUUUCGUACUGAACAUGUGAAAAGAUUAAUUCAAACGUUACAUGACACAAGAAAAUUUGCUGUAGAUUUUCAAACACAAUGUUUACAAACAAAAACUAAAUUGGAUCCAGAUGAUAUUAAUAUAAUCGAUCAAUUAAUCAAACAAGUUGAAUCGGUACUAGAUGAAUUUCAAGCAAUAUUUACACGAUAUUUACCUAAUCGUCAAAUAUUAAUGAUUGUUCGCCAUGAACAAGCAGAAAAAAUGAGAACUAUGAGAAUAAAUCAAAGAGUGCCAAAAGACUUUUCUAUAGAACGACCAGUUAUUGAUCCUGCGCCACUCAAAGUUAUAAAAAAAGAUCCUGUACAACGACAACCAGAAUAUCGGCGACCAGAAAAUAUUCGUCGUCACGUUUCAGCAGUACCUAGUCGUCCUGUUCAAUCGACUAUAAAUGCUCAAACCCGUCCAUUAAAAAAAGCCGUAUCGUUACAAAGAAAAGCUCGUCCAUUAAAUUCAAAGAACAAUGAUUCCACAUCAAACCCUCCACGUUCAUCAUCCACUAAUAACUCUAAUAAUAAUAAUACUAAUAAUAAUGUAUUUCGCCCUCCACUACGCCUUGCGCCAGCCAGUCCUUUGUUCAGAAAUCGUUUAAAAUAA